UAUAAUAAUAUUUAUUAAUUAAAUAUAUCUAGAGUGUGUCAAAUUAAUAAAAAGUUAACAUGAUUCAUGUUGUGAAACAUUUGUUAAAAGAUUUUGAAAUACAUUUAGCAAGUGCUUCUCCAAGACGGAAAACUAUAUUAAAUCAUGUGGGUUUGGAAUUUACAGUGACACCAUCUACAUUUGAUGAAACUAGUCUUGAUAAAAAGAAAUUUAAACACCCAAAAGAAUUUGUUAUGGAAUGUGCAAAACAGAAAGCUUUAAAUGUUGAGAAAAGAUUAAAUGGGAAUCAAAACAAAAGAAUUGUGAUUGCAGCAGACACAAUUGUUGUGAGCAAUGGUGAAAUUCUUGAGAAACCCCAUACUAAAGAAAAUGCUUUAUUAAUGCUGACUAGAUUAAACGCUAAAACACAUGAAGUUUACAGUGGUGUUGCUAUGAUUAUAACAGAUCCAUCAAACACAAUUCUGACUUUUGUAGUUGAUUUAUCAGGACGAAGAAUUGGAAAAUGUGGUAACUUUGUUUUAUUUCAUGAAUUCUUCGAGUGUACUAAAGUAGAGUUUGGUGAUAUACCACCUCACAUCAUAGCUAUUUAUGCAGCGUCAGAAGAACCUUUAGAUAAAGCGGGAGCGAAUACGCAUUAAAAGGUUGCGUAGCGACGUGACAAAAAUUAUCUAGCAUUUUCCGUCAUUAGAAGAAAUGACAGUAGUUCAGCUCUUGUGGAUAUUUUGAUAUAUUUUUUUCUUAUGUUUUUAACAUGUUUUAUAACUUUAAAUAAAUACAUCAACGGAGUUUACGUCAUACCGUGACGUCACGGUAUGACCAGUAAAAAAUCUUUGAAUAUUAAGACAAAAACAUCCUCAAAAAGACAGUUGAAACAAAAAAAAACAAUUUAUUCGGAUUUUUAUAAGAUUGGUAUAACCAUGGACGUAUAAGAGAUGGACGCACGUCCAUCUCUUAUACGUCUAUAACCUUUUGUUUUUCAUCAAAGAAACCGCCAAAAUCAGUGAUUUUGACCAAAACCAUGCGUUUUCACGAUUUUAUCAAAAUAUUCCGUCGUUAGCAAAAAAGUAUUAAAAAUGGCUGCCAAUUAGUAAGGAUUUAAUAGACGAUUCUGUAAAGUUGUUUUUGUAAAAAUUUGAAUCAUUUAUGUGCUUGUAAGUUAUUGUUCAAAUCAAAUAUAAA